CUCAUUCGGGAAAUGCUAAAUAUUUAUAGUUUGGCCUCCUGGGCCCAGCAUCCCAGCUCCACUCCCAGGCUCUGGGGGCUGGGGAGUGGUUACCAAACCUCCUCUCUCCUGUCCCAACAUCCCCCCUACACCCUUCUCUAGCUCAGAGGCUCCACUGGACCCUCGACUCUUCCUUGGACCUCUUGUGCGCCCUGCGAGCUUCGCUGGAUUCAGGGUCUUGGGCGUGAGAGGUCUGCCGCCAUGGGGACGCCCUGGCUGCGCGCGCUGCAGCUGCUGCUCCUGCUGGGCGCAUCAUGGGCGCGGGCGGGCGCCCCGCGCUGCACCUACACCUUCGUGCUGCCCCCGCAGAAGUUCACGGGCGCCGUGUGCUGGAGCGGCCCGGUGUCCGCGCGGGCGACGCCCGAGGCCGCCAACGCCAGCGAGCUGGCGGCGUUGCGCUUGCGCGUCGGCCGCCACGAGGAGCUGCUGCACGAGCUGCAGAGGCUGGCGGCGGCUGACGGCGCCGUGGCCGGCGAGGUGCGCGCGCUGCGCAAGGAGAGCCGCGGCCUGAGCGCGCGCCUGGGGCAGCUGCGCGCGCAGCUGCAGCACGAGGCGGGGCCCGAGGCGGGGCCGGGGGCGGGGCCGGGGGCGGAGCCUGCCGCGGCGCUGGCGCUGCUCGGGGAGCGCGUGCUCAACGCGUCCGCCGAGGCUCAGCGCGCCGCCGCCCGCUUCCACCAGCUGGACGUCAAGUUCCGCGAGCUGGCGCGGCUGGUCACCCAGCAGAGCGACCUCAUCUCCCGCCUGGAGCGCCUGUGCCCGGGGGGCGCGGGCGGGCAGCAGCAGGUCCUGCCCCCACCACCACUGGUGCCUGUGGUUCCAGUCAGUCUUGUGGGUAGCACCAAUGACAGCAGUAGGAGGCUGGACUCAGCCCCAGAGCCCCGGAGAGACCAAAUCCUGAGACAGCAGGAGCCCCUGGCUUCUCUCAUGCCUGCAGUUCACCCUGCUGUUCCUACCAAGCCUGCGGGCCCAUGGCAGGAUUGUGCAGAGGCCCGACAGGCAGGGCAUGAACACAGCGGAGUGUAUGAACUGCGAGUGGGCCGGCACGUGGUGUCAGUAUGGUGUGAGCAGCAGCUGGAGGGUGGAGGCUGGACUGUGAUCCAGCGGAGGCAGGAUGGUUCGGUCAACUUCUUCACUACCUGGCAGCACUACAAGGUGGGCUUUGGGCAGCCAGACGGAGAAUACUGGCUGGGCCUUGAACCUGUGUAUCAGCUGACCAGCCGUGAAGACCAUGAGCUGCUGGUGCUCCUGGAGGACUGGGGGGGCCGUAGAGCACGUGCCCACUACGAUGGCUUCUCCCUGGAACCCGAGAGUGACCACUACCGCCUGCGGCUUGGCCAAUACCGUGGUGAUGCUGGAGAUUCUCUUUCUUGGCAUAAUGACAAGCCCUUCAGCACCGUGGAUAGGGACCGAGACUCCUAUUCCGGUAACUGUGCCCUGUACCAGCGGGGAGGCUGGUGGUACCAUGCCUGCGCCCACUCCAACCUCAAUGGUGUGUGGCACCGUGGCGGCCACUACCGAAGCCGCUACCAGGAUGGCGUCUACUGGGCCGAGUUUCACGGCGGGGCAUACUCUCUCAGGAAGGCCGCCAUGCUCAUCCGGCCCCUGAGGCUGUGACUCCGCUCCUCCGUCCCCUAGGCCCCAGGGGACAUUGGUCAGCAAGAGCCCAAGUUGUCCUGGCCACACUUUCUUUGUGGCUCAGUGCCAGUGGGUCCCAUGGAACUUCCCCUCCAUGGAUCUGUGACCCUGGGCGCCGCAAAUGGGACCCAGGCAUCCCCCCCUGCCAAUAUCUCGGCCCCAGAUGGCUCCCCAAGGUCAUUCAUAUCUCGGUUUGAGCUCAGAUCUUACAAUAACACAAAGUAGCCACA